AGGGGGGGAGCGCGGGCGCACGCGCGGCAGGUGGCGGGGCGGCUCCCGGCGCGGCCAUGGCGGGCCGGGGGCGGCAGGGGCUGGCGGCGGCGGCGGAGCGGCCGCGGUGCGAGACGGCCGGCGCCUCCUCAAGGGGGAGCCGGUUCUGCCCGCAGUGCGGGCGUGGCGUGGAGCCCGUCUUCCGCUUCUGCCCGGCCUGCGGUGGUAGGCUGCCCCCGCCGCCGCGGGAGGAGGAGACCGAGCAGGCGGCGCCGGCUCCGCCGCGGCAGCAGGCCCGCAGCCCCGCCGCCCCCCCGCCGGGGCCCCCCGCCCGCGCCCCCGCCAGGCCCGGCGGCCGGUCGCCCCGCAAGGCGCGGUGUGUGCCGGCCGUGCCGCUGCCGGCCGAGGCGGUGCUGACGGACUGGGGCGGCCGGCAGUGGAGGCUGGUCCGGCUGCUGGAGCAGGGCGGCUGCGGGCUCAUGUACGAAGCACAGGCAGCAUCUGGAACAUGUCCUCAAAAGCAAAGCUACUCCCUCAAACUUGAUGUCAAAGAUGGGAAGAUCUACAACGAACAGAACUUCUUCCAGCGUGCUGCGAAGGCAGGCACAGUGGAGAAGUGGAAGAAGUGGCACUCUGUGCCGUUGCUGGGAAUCCCCAAUUGCCUUGGCUUUGGACUGCAUGCAGAUAGCUACAGGUUCUUGGUGUUCUCUGACUUAGGGCGAACUCUUCAGUCUGUCCUGAAUGAUGGCUUAUACCUGCUGAGGGAGAAGGCAGCUUUUCAGAUUGUAGUCCGGCUGUUAGACUGCCUGGAGUACAUUCAUGAAAAUGAGUAUGUGCACGGGGACGUCACAGCUGAGAACAUCUAUUUGAACCCAACAGACCUCACCCAGGUGACCCUAGCAGGCUAUUGCUUUGCGUUUCGUUACUGCCCUGGAGGGAAGCACGUGGCCCAGCGCGAAGGCAGCAGGACCCCUCACGAAGGCACUAUAGAGUUUAUCAGCCUGGACAGCCACAAGGGAGCAGGACCAUCUCGCCGGAGUGAUUUGGAAUCUCUGGGCUACUGUCUUCUGAAAUGGCUCUCUGGCUCCUUGCCUUGGUCUGAUGAGCUGGACAAAGUAGAAAGUGUGGUGGAGAAGAAGGAAAAGUACAAAGGGGAUGUGACAUGCCUUCUCCGAGUGUGCUUCAGGCAGAGACCCAUUCCAGCAAAACAAGGAGUGCUGUUGCCCAUUUUCUGUAUUCAUGAGCCUUGCUGGAGAGGCAAGUCUUCUGGUGGCUUUAAAAAUGCAACAUUUGGGGCAAGAGGUUAUUUCCCCAUCCUAUCUUUGAGCUUCAUAUUAGUCUCUGGGUUUGUUUUCCUCUGUGUGGAGCUGGCCAAGGCAGAUGCCCUGCAGAGCUACCUGCAGCAAGUCAUGGCACUGGAGUAUGAGGAGAAGCCUUGCUAUGAGGGCCUGCGGCAGCUCUUCAAGAAGCCACUGGAAAAGAUGAAAUCUUCAGCUUAUGACCCUGUGGAUAUCAAAAUGGUGCCCUAAACCAAGAAAACUUGCACAGGAAAAGAGCUCAAAGCUUUCUGCACUGUGAGGCCUUUCCCGCAGGUGUUUAACUUUUACUUACCUGUUUUAGAACUGAGAGAGAUUUUUAUAAGUGUUUUCUUCCCAUUUUAAUGCGACCUAAUGUUGAAUUUUGAGCCACUGCUGUAACAAGUUAAUGUGAAGACACUCCUGGAUGGCAAGCCAUUGUAAGCAGUACCUGGAGAACUGCACUGUAGCCACGGGGAGAAGAGUGAAGCCUGGCACAGGAAAACUGUCAGGGACUUUUAAAAUUUUUUUCCUUUAACUAGACUGGCAGUACAUAGUUUUGUAAUAAACUUUGUGGACAGGCA